ACCAACAAUAAUAGAUUAGUGAUUGUUGGUUACAGUUUACUGAGCAGAUAGUCAGAGGAGGUGAAUGAAGUGAACAGUCGUCAGAUGCGGCAGAAAAAUUACUGAUAAUAACUGUUGCCAUUGCUGAAUUUGGAUUGAUCUGAAAUCGAAGAGAUGAAACUACAGGCCAUACUGUGUGUCUUUCUCCAGCUCUUUUUUGAGCUUUCAUCGUGCACACAUCUCCGGGUGUUACAAGGCUCUACUCUGGAGCUGCCAUGUCUCUUGUUCCAGACUGACUUUACUGACGCUGACAUCACCUGGACAUUCAAUGGUAGAAACAUAAGCGCGGAGUCGACUGGCUCUCUUAGAGUUAAAAAGGGUGGCUAUCUCUCUAUAUCCCCUGUAACUGCUGCCAACGACGGCGAGUAUCUGUGUUUGGCGAAGGAGAACAAUGUUGAGACCACAAGCACAUACAAAGUCUCCGUUGAAGCAUCAAUUGCCUAUACCAUUAAGGCAACCGAAGGCUCAACUGUUCACCUCCCGUGUCAUUUCCCACCUAGCAGCCAAGUCAUGGCCAAUGCAGUCUGGUUCAAAGAGACGGAAGCUGGCACAAAGACAAGUCUGAAUACUGAAGACGAUUCAACAGAUGAUAGUAAUAGACUGAAGCUGCUCUAUCCACUUGACCAUGUUCAGACUGUGGUAAUCAGAGACACGGUCAUGGAGGAUGCUGGAAUUUACCAUUGUGAAUCUACGGAAGGAAAGAAGCUCAGCACCAUAUACAUUAUUGUUGAAGCUGCUCCCACCUCCGUUCCCUCCACUUGCGAGGGCUUCACCACAGCAUGGGAGCCAUGUCAGGACGAGAACAGCCACACAGGGGGGUCCGUGUUGCAGGAGUCCAUGGCAGAGUUUUCCAUGAAGCUCUAUUCUUUCCUCAGAGAGUCAUAUCCUUCUGGCAACUUGCUCAUUUCUCCUCUCAGCAUUAGCGGGAUGCUCUCCCAUUUGUUGUUAGGCGCAAGGGAUCACACCCGCAAAGCCAUUGAGAGGGCAGUCUGUGUGCCUCACAACUUCCACUGUGUUCAUUUCCAGAUGAAGAAGCUGAGAGAGAAGUUGGCCAGUUCCUUGCAGAUGGCCUCCCAGAUCUACUAUAACCCACAAAUGAAUCUGAGCGAGUCCUUUACUAACCAGUCCAUUAGAUUCUAUGAAGCAGAGCCCACCAGACUGCUGGAAACCAGCGAGGAAAACACAGGGAUGGUUAACAGCUGGGUGUCACAUAAAACCAAGAAUAAAAUCACACAGUUGGUUGACUCCAUUCCACCCAGCACACAGCUGAUCCUGCUCAACGCUGUCGCCUUCAGUGGUCAGUGGAAGAUCAAGUUCGAUGUCAAACCAAGAAAGGGUCUUUUCACCAAACUGAAUGGUGAUCUGGUGAAGGUGCCACUGCUCUAUCAUCAGCGAUACACGGCUCCUAUGAUAUAUGCGGUUGAACUGAAGGCGCAGGUGGCGAGGUUUGCUCUCUCUGGUGACAGCAGUCUUUACAUCCUGCUGCCUCGCUCCAACAAAGUGACAGACCUGCAACAGGUGGAGGAAAAGAUGACGGACACAGCUGUGCAUCGAAUGAUCGAACAAAUGAAAACAACGCCUCCGGAAAAUAUCGAGGUUUCUCUGCCCCAAAUCAACCUGGAUGUCCAGCCAGACAUGAACAUGCUCAUCAGGAAAUUGGGACUGUCAUCGCUCUUCGAGGAUGCCAACCUGUGUGGCCUCUUCUCUGAGCGGAAGCUGGCUCUGGACGGUGCCAGACACAGAGCCUUCCUCAAACUGACCGAAGAGGGAGUGGAGGCCGGCGCUGUCAGCACUGUGAUCUUCUCUCGCUCCUACCCUUCCUUCUUGGCCAUGCGGCCUUUCAUCAUGCUGCUGUGGAGUGACCAGGCCAACGUGCCACUCUUUAUUGGCAGAGUGACUGACCCGUGAGCAAGUGAGAGGCGGUGGAGGGUCAUACGUGCAGAGAGAGAGGGAGUGGAAAUUAAGCAUAUGAGCAGGAAUGAUAUGAUAAAAGAUAUUUCAAAACUGGACAUAAAACAAAAUAAAUCCAGUGACAGUAUUGCUUCAAGUAAUCACUAAAGCGAGGCUUACAAAAACACAUACGCAGGCUUGUUUAUGGAUUGUUCUCCAAGGAUGAUGAUGAAUAAACACACACUCACAGUG